AUGCACAGACACUCCCCCACAACGGAGCACUUCGCUGUCUCCGCCAUCUUGUCACCACGUCCCACACGUCGGGCAUCACGCAUCCACUCGAGCCCCCAACACGACUCCUCGAUCGCCCGCCCAUCUACGACCUCCGCCAUCGCCCACCGUCCCCACACACCUCCGCCAUCGCCCCGUCCCCACACGACCUCCGCUAUCGCCCCGCGCACACGACCUGCGCUAUCGCCCCGUCCCCACACGACCUUCGCCAUCGCCCCAUCCCACACGACCACCCGGUACGCCCGCCGUCCCACACGACUCCGCAUCGCCAGCCCCACCACACGACCUCCGCUAUCGCCAGCCCCCACACGACCUCCGCUAUCGCCCGCCCCCCCCACACGACCUCCGCUAUCGCCCGCCCCCCCCCCCACGACCUCCGCUAUCCGCUAUCCAUUCCGCACCCGUCCCCACACGACCGCCAUGGCCCCGAUCGCCACACGACCCCCUCCGCUAAUCGCCAGCCCCACAAGCGACCUCCGCUAUCGCCCGCCCCCCAUACGACCUCCGCCAUCGCCCCGUCCCCACACGCACCUCGCUAUCGCCCGCCGCCCAAAACGACCUCCGCCAUCGCCCCAUGCCAUCCCAGGCGUCGAUUACCCGCGGCUGGGCAUACAGAGCGAGGGCAUUCUCUUACGGACUUGA